GGCCUAAAGUGACACUAUUUCGAUGAAGACAGAUGGGGGAAUAGAGAGGCAAUUAAUACAAGAAGAAACAUGAUUUGAAGAAAUGAAUGAAUUCCAUAAAAUAGGCACAUGCCUCCUUCUGUCUCUCUCUCUCUGACUUGUUCUUUUCUCUCUCCUUUUUCCUCUGUCUGCCAAGCCAAAGUCCCUCUUCCUGAUUUCGUUUCCGCAAAAUCCCCACAAUCUCCGCAACCCCCUUUACAUUAUUAUUCCCUUAUGAUAACAACAACAUUCCACUUUCAACCUCCAUUUACACAUUUUCAAGACUUUGGCAUUCUCAAAAUUCUAACCAGAUCUUGGAUCUUCUUUAAAAUGUCAUAAAGGUUCACCAUUUCAGUAACCCCCAAGUGUCAGCCCUUUUCAUUAAAGAAAUGGAACACAAGCAUAUGCUCAUACUUAUUAUAGUACCAAGUUCAGUAACUGCAAUACUUGUUUUAUUGCUCUUGAUUUAUUGCUGUAGAAGGAAAAGAGUGGAAGGUGUUUCUAGAGAUGUAGAAGCUAGUUUUGAGGUUAAAGAAAGAGAUGGGGUUGAAAAAGAUUUGUUGAUCAAGUUUCAAGAUGGUGAAGAUCUCAGUGUAUAUGAUAUCUUGGAUGCACCUGGAGAAGUUAUAGGGAAAUCAAGUUAUGGGACUUUAUACAGGGCUACUUUGCUGAGUAUUGAUAGGCUUACAUUGUUGAGAUUCUUGAGACCAGCUUGCACUGUGACAAUGAAAGAAGUGGUGCCUGUUAUGGAGCUUUUGGGGUCUUUAAGGCAUCCUAAUUUGGUGCCUUUGUGUGCAUUUUAUGCAGGGCCAAGAGGAGAGAAAUUGAUGGUACAUCCUUUUUAUCGCCAUGGAACCUUAGCUCAAUUGAUUAGAGACGGGAAUGGUGAGGCUCAUAAAUGGCACAUCAUAAGUAGGAUCUCCACUGGCAUUGCUCAAGGACUGAAUUAUCUUCACACAGAUUUGGAAAUUCCCAUAAUCCACGGGAAUCUCAAGUCGAAUAAUAUACUUUUGGAUCGUCACUUCAGACCUUAUGUGUCCGAUUUUGGGUUGCAUCUUCUCCUGAAUCCAACUGCAGGCCAAGAAAUGCUUGAAGCUUCAGCAGCUCAGGGAUACAAAGCCCCUGAAUUAAUCAAGAUGAAAGAAGUUAGUGAAGAAACUGAUAUUUACAGCCUUGGGAUUAUCUUGUUAGAGUUAGUAACAGGGAAAGAACCAUUCUACAAGAAACCAAAUCUUGAUAAGGAUAUUUAUUUGCCUAAUGCCAUUCAAAGUGCAGUUCUUGAUCAUAGAGUUGUGGAUUUUUUCCAUCCACAGAUUCUGCUUAGCCAAGGUGAUGGCCAAAGGGAAGUUAAUGAAGAUCAUGUUUAUGAAUUCCUUCAGCUUGCAAUGGCUUGUUGUUCUCCCUCACCUGCUCUUAGGCCUAGUAUAAAGCAGGUUCUUCGCAAGCUUGAAGAAAUUGGAAAAUGAAAAUGAACAAUCUUUCUGCUUCUGCUUGAAGCAUGACCUGUUUCGUCUGACUGACUUGAUCUAAUCGAUCGAUAUUGACAUACUUAAGGUCAUGAUAAGCAUGUUGAUGAUGCUGAUAUAACGCUCUGACUUCGUGUGAGGAAACUGCUUUUUGGGGGACAUGUCUUAAUUCCCUAUGUGCAAUCACAGCAAGAGAAUGUUGUGAAGCUUGAAUCAAUUGGCAAGAACUAUGAAGUUGGUGUCCAGUUCUUUUGUCCAAGCACAAGUUCACUCAAGAAUCAGAAACAAGUUUCUCGAUCCUGAAGAUUCGAAAAGUUUUAUUUUGUGAUUCACACGACUAAUACAAGUCGCGUGAGACUCUUUUUUGUCUCACAAAAAGUGAACCCAAAAGUGUAAGAUUUGGGUCCCCACUUAGUUGUGUGAGACACAUAAUAAAAUUGUUCGAUUCGAUUCACAGUGCUCUCAUAAAGAAAGGGGUGGAUGGAUUAGGAACUACACAUUGCCAUAUGACCGAGAUAUUUGUAAAUUAUAGUUGAAAGUUUAAAGAGUGACGUUUAAUUAGUUUAUCCUGUGAUAGCAGUUAACAACCAGAGACGUCUCAAUUUCAGAGAAAAUCUGGUGACAGUUGGAAGCUCCAAUGGAUCCAUAAGAUACAAUCACCACCAACCGAGUGCAUGUACCAUGAUUUGUUGACAAAUGUGGUGAACAUUUUUGUGUUUUUUGGGUUAAAAGCUUAAACAUUACUUAGAAAGGACACACUGUUUCAGCAACAAGACAAAGAGGAGUCAUUUCCCAUCAACAUCAUUGAAAUUAUUGAUCUGCCAGUUUUGUCAUUGUCCGAAAAGUCUAACACUAUAAGAUUUACAAAGCUUACUGUAUUGAUUUGAUUACUGUA